GUACACAUUUGCAUUUCCUCAACUCUGCUACCAUAUACGACGAUCUCUACAGUAAUACUAGUCACACUCGUUCGACAUGGCGCCAAACGACAAGGCUGGUCGCGUUGUCUUCAUUGGGAACAUUCCUUAUGGAGGAACCGAGGAACUCAUCAUCGAAACGCUCGGCCGUGUCGGAAAGGUCAACAACUUUCGCUUGGUGUAUGACAAGGAGACGGGCCGGCCGAAGGGCUUUGGCUUCGCCGAGUUCGAAGACGCCGAUGCAGCAGCCUCCGCCGUGCGCAACUUGAACGACUACGAUUUGAUGGGUAGGAAACUGAGGGUCGACUGGUCCAACGACAACGGUUCCGGCGACAACGCGCCCUUGAACCAGAACCCCCCACACGCGAUGAUGAACGGGCAGCCUCCAGAGCAGGCGCAGACACAACAGGCAAGCGCGUUGGGCCCUCUUCCACCAGGCGUCGCUCUGCCGCCCAACCUCACCUGUCCCGACGCCAUUUCGCGCACAUUGUCCACGCUUCCUCCAGAACAGCUGCUUGAUAUUCUCUCGCAGAUGAAGGGCCUCGUGAUGACCGAUCCAGGCAAGGCGACAGAGCUACUACGGCAGGCUCCCCAGCUGGCCUACGCCAUUUUCCAGUCGCUCCUUCUCCUCCAACUUGUCGAUCCGCAGAUAUUGGGCUCCAUUGUUGAGUCGCAGCCAGCAGCCCCAGCGCCAGUAGCACAACUCCCACCCGUACAACAACAACCCCCGCCAGCACGACCGCCCAUGAACUACCCUGUGUACCCACCACAAGCAGCUCCCACACCCCAGCCCCAACCGCCUGUCCCACAGCCGUACGCACAAGCACCCACCCCACAGACAUACGCACAAGCGCCUCCUGCGCAGCCGGCACCAGUCGCUAUGGACCAGCAAGCGCUAUACGCGCAGGUCAUGGCAUUGACGCCGCAGCAGAUUGACCAGCUCACGCCAGAAUACCGUGCCCAGAUUAUGCAGAUCCGACAGAUGCUGAUGGCUGGAGGACGACCAUAGCGUGGGCCCGCGGAUGGGAGGUACAAAUGAUGGGCCGCGCUGAGCGUGGGAGUUCGUGGGCUGGGGUUUUAUCGGGCAUUCUGGCGGACGCUGAAAUCACGUUGAGGGCCAAGUAUUCCAAAAUGUCGGUGUCGGUUGUACACGAAGUGUUGAGAGCUUUUAGCGCUCCAGAACGUGACGUGAGGAUCAGAUUUCUAGAAUUGGCUAUGAUGAACGCUGAGGCCGUGAGAAGGGAACGUUGGAUGGCAAGGUUGCAUGCGGGGGGAGAGAGUAUUUUUGGCGAGUAGAGUUUGGAGGAUUCGGAGACCUGUCUGGACUUGUGUUCGGAUGACGACGUUGGUGGGGAUUCUUGUGAAGGCUCACCGGAAGGAGCAUUGAUAGAGAUUGACGAGGAUGCGCCUGAGAUGGCGGAGCAGGGUCCUAUUUGCUGUGGUUGUACAUAUUCCAUCAACAAGACUGGGGCAGUUUCAAUGGACAAAGUCUCAGCAUUUCU